CCCAAUGAUGGAGAGGAGAUUAGGAGGCAUCUCAGCCAGGGUGCUGGGGCUUUUCUGGGUCUGUCUUCUGCUCUGGACUCCCACCGGCGGGGACAUCACUUGUAGACACUGUCACGCCCGGAUUCGGCAGAUAGAACGCGGAGUAACGCAGCCCCCGAGUGGGGUGGAUCAGCGGAGGAUUGCAAGAGAAGUUCUUCCGAACUCAAGUGGGGGUGAGGAGGAUGAAGAUGAGGAGGAUGCCCAGCAGCCCAGUGUCUUAAAGAAGCAUAUUCAUGGUGGCCAUGAGCCAAGAAGAGGGUUUAGCAGCUGGGAGACACCUGCAAACCCCACCAACAGAGAUGGCAAUGUUAGGAGGGUCCACAAGCCAAAUUCCGGACCAAGGGGACACAGAGCUCCACAAAAAGUAAGCAGAGUGAAAAGGGAGCAGGAUGGAGUGAGGGGCAAGGAGAUAAUGCUACCUUCCGACCCCAGCCAGGAAGACCCUUACCCAGUGGAUGGGCAGAAGGUCAAAAGGUCUGAACUCAAAGGGUCCAGAGAAGAAGGGAGGUUUACCAGAGCCAGAUCAGAGGAACUCAGACUCAGCAGCACCAGCUUCCCCCUGACUGGGGACUCAGCACACAACCAGGCUAUGGUCCACUGGACUGGUGGGGACAACAGCAGUGUGAUCCUGAUACUUACCAAGCUGUAUGAUUUUAACCUGGGCAGCGUCACCGAGAGCUCGCUAUGGAGGUCGACAGACUAUGGAACAACGUAUGAAAAGUUCAAUGAAAAAGUGGGUUUCAAAACCGUUCUCAGUUACCUGUAUGUGAGCCCAACCAACAAGAGAAAGAUUAUGCUGCUGAGCGACCCCGAGGUUGAGAGCGCUAUACUGAUCAGUUCAGAUGCCGGAGCGACUUAUCAAAAGUACCGGCUCAAUUUUUACAUCCAGAGUCUACUGUUUCACCCGAAGCAGGAAGAUUGGGUCCUGGCAUACAGUCUGGAUCAGAAGCUUUAUAGCUCAAUGGAUUUUGGACGAAGGUGGCAUCUUAUGCACGAGAGGAUCACGCCAAACAGGUUUUAUUGGUCCGUAACCGGCUUAGAUAAGGAGCCAGACGUUGUGCAUAUGGAAGCCCGGACUGCUGAUGGACAUGCUCAUUAUAUAACGUGCAGGAUCCAGGAAUGCUCCGAGACCACAAGGAGCGGACCCUUCUCUCGAUCUAUCGAUACCAACUCUUUAGUCGUACAGGACGACUACGUCUUCAUUCAGGCAACCUCUGGGGGGCGAGCCAGUUAUUACGUGUCAUACAGACGAGAAGCUUUUGCUCAGAUUAAACUUCCGAAGUAUUCCCUUCCGAAGGACAUGCAUAUUAUCAGCACCGUCGAAAAGCAGGUAUUUGCCGCCGUCCAGGAGUGGAACCAGAACGAGACGUACAACCUGUACAUCUCCGACACACGCGGUGUGUACUUCACGCUGGCCCUGGAGAACGUCAAAAGCAGCCGAGGACUUGAAGGGAACAUUGUCAUCGACCUUUACGAGGUAGCAGGGAUAAAGGGGGUAUUCCUGGCGAAUAAGAAGGUAGAUGAGAGAGUGAAGACGUUCAUCACAUACAACAAAGGCAGGGACUGGCGUCUCCUGCAGGCCCCUGACACAGAUCUAAAAGGGAACCCCAUCAACUGUCUUCUGCCGUUCUGCUCCCUACACUUUAAUCUCCAAAUGUCAGAGAACCCGUAUAACUCAGGAAGUAUUUCGAGCAAGGCUACAGCGCCAUGGCUCAUCGUGGCUUCAGGUAACGUGGGUCCUGAGCUCUCGGCGACUGACACCAAUAUGUUUAUCUCCUCCGAUGGUGGAAACACCUGGAAAAUUAUUUUUGAAGAAGAAUUCAACGUCUGGUUCCUAGACUGGGGUGGAGCGCUGGUGGCAAUGAAACACACAUCUCUGCCCGUUCGACAUUUGUGGCUGAGUUUUGACGAAGGUCGAUCUUGGAGUAAAUACGGAUUUACAACUUCCCCUCUGUUUGUGGACGGCGCGUUGGUGGAGCCUGGAUUGGAGAAUCACAUAAUGACAGUUUUUGGACAUUUCAGUCUCCUGUCUGAGUGGCAGCUGAUAAAAGUGGACUACAGAUCGAUCUUCAACAGGAAGUGUAAUGAAAAUGACUUUGAAAGCUGGCAUUUGCACAAUCAGAGGGACUUCUGUGUGAUGGGCGAGAGGAAGACCUACAGGAAACGCAGACCCGGCUCCAAGUGUUUACUGGGGAAGGACUACCUCCGGACUAUCACAGAGCCGUGCCUCUGCUCGCACUGGGACUUUGAAUGUGAUUAUGGCUACGAGAGACAUGGAAAAAACCAAUGCACCCCGGCAUUUUGGUUUAACCCUUUGUCAACCUCUAGAGAUUGCAGCCAGGGCCAGAGCUAUUUCAAAAGCAGCGGAUAUCGCAGGAUUGUGUCCAAUAACUGCACCGAUGGACUGCGGGAACAAUAUUCGGCCAGACCCCAACAGUGUCAAGGCAAAGCCCCCCAGGGUCUUCAGCUCUCCACUAGCGAUGGCAGACUGGGGGUGCAGUACGGCCAAAAUGUUACUUUCCUGGUUCAGCUGGAAGAGGGCGACGUACAAAGAAUUAACGUCCAGCUGGAUUUCGGAGAUGGAAGCGCCGUAUCGUAUGCUAAUUUUAGCAAGAUCGAAGAAGGGAUAAAACACGCGUAUAAACAUUCUGGCAUAUAUCAGGUCACCGCGUAUGCAGAGAACAAUGUCGGUGUUGACAGCGCAGUCCUCUACCUUCAUGUGACAAGCCCGGUAGAGCACGUCCAUUUGCGGAUUCCAUUUGUCGCCAUCAAAAACAAGGAGCUUAACGUCAGCGCCGUGGUUUGGCCCUCGCGCCCCGGCACACUCACUUACUUUUGGUGGGUCGGAAAUAAUACCAAGCCCCACAUCACCUUGGACAGUAGCAUCUCUUUGACGUUCAACACAGAGGGGACACACACCGUUACCGUGCAGGUUUCAGCCGGGAACUCAAUCAUCCAGGACACAAAGGAAGUUGCAGUCCACGAAUACUUUCAUUCUCAGCUGUUGUCUUUUUCCCCGAAUCUGGAUUAUCAUAACCCCGACAUCCCCGAGUGGAGGCAGGACAUCAGCCGACUCAUUAAGAGAUCCCUGAUACAGGUCACAAAUAUAGGAGAGGAGAAUAUCCUGGUGGCCAUGUUUCCUGGUCUUCCAACAUCUGCAGAGCUUUUUAUACUUCCCCAUACAAAUGUGACCGAGAGAAGAAGGGGAAGCAAAGGAGACCUGGAGCAAAUUUCUGAAAUCUUGUUUAGUGCUCUGAACCAGAACCUAAUCAUGUUUGAGUUAAAGCCCGGCGUCCAGGUCUUUGUGUACAUUACUCAGCUCACGUUGGCUCCGUUGGUGGAUAACACUUCCAGCCAUAGCAGCUCGGCCAUGCUAAUGCUUCUGUCCGUGGUUUUUGUGGGACUUGCCGUUUUUUUAAUCUACAAAUUCAAGAGGAAAAUCCCAUGGAUUAAUAUUUAUGCUCAGGUCCAGCACGAUAAAGAACAGGAAAUGAUCGGGACCGUCGGCCAAACAGACAACACACCCAAAAUAUCACUCAGCGACUUCACAGAUCCCGAGGAACUGACAGACAAAGAACUGGACACACGAGUUAUAGGUAACAUCUCAACAAUUGCAAACAGCGAAAGCACAAAAGAAAUCCCAAACUGUACCAGUGUUUAACAUACCCGGGCCAAAAUCUGGACUUUUGU